CUGCAUUUAUUUCUCCUAAAUGAUAUAAAAUGUGCUACGUGUCUAGAAAAAUGACGCAAGAAUUUAUACACACACUUUUUCACAUUUGUCAGGGUUCUGUUUCUUAACACACAUGUCCACUUAUAAAUAUGAUCUUACUGUGUUUUAUUUUCCUUCUUUUCUUCACUGCAAUUGUGAAACAAGUCUUUAUUUUUCUAGAUAGGAAUCAUUAUAUCGACGUAAGAAUUUAGGGCUUAAAUGUAAAAUGUAACAAUUUAUUCAUUUUAAAGAUGAAGAGGAUUAGUUAAUGAAAAUAGUUCCACUUUUUACUAUUAAUUGAUUAAUAUUCCGAAAUAAAAACAAGUAAUUGUAAGAAUUUUGACUCUUUUUUCGCACAUUUCUAAACACGUAGCAUUCAUGGGAUUUUCGGGGGACUUUUCCCGUGGCGCAAGUGCCGAAGUGUCCUUGCAUAACGGAUGUAUUUUGAAUUCUGCCGCGCGGCGGAUUUGAAUUUUCAAGGGAAAUUUUGGGGUUGCCCGAUGACGACGCGCGCUGGCAAUACGUUUUGCGACUUGACAACUCACUUUAGCUGAAAAUUUUCUCCAUUUGCCUUAUUUCGCGGAAAUUCUGCGUAUCCGGGGAGUUUUUGCCAAAGAAAUCACAGGGAAGACGCACGAAUGUCUUCUAAGAGCGCCAGCAAGAGGUUCAAGUGGUCUCUGGACUACUCGUCGAGAUCCCUGGCCAGGAGCGGCGAUGUCGCAUCACCGCCAGGCUACAAUCCCACAGUGGGCCAGAGUCACAGCGAGGUGGCGAAGGACACGGACCAGAAUCACCUGAUAAUGAAGAAGUCGUGGGACUUGGCGCUGGGCCCCAUCAAGCAGGUGCCCAUGAAUCUCCUGAUCAUGUACAUGUCGGGCAACUCCAUCUCCAUCUUCCCCAUCAUGAUGGUGGGCAUGAUGCUGAUACGGCCCAUGAAGGCGCUGUUCUCCACCGGCGCCACGUUCAAAGUGAUCGAGGGCACGCAGGUGGCUGGCCAGAAGUUCGUCUUCCUCCUCGGCAACCUGGUGAACAUGGGCCUGGCGCUCUACAAGUGCCACAGCAUGGGCCUCCUGCCCACACACGCGUCCGACUGGCUCGCCUUCGUGGAGCCCCAAUCGCGCCUUGAGUUCUCCGGCGGCGGAAUGUCACUGCUGUGAAGUUCAACGGCGCGCAGUGAAGGACACACAGAAGAGCCAGAGUUAUCGCUAAUAUUAUAAUUGGUACAAUUUUGCCCUAAAUGUAAGCAUUGAGAGGAGUA